AUGGCUAUCAAUGUAGAAACUCUCGAAGAUCUCCGAAAAGAGAUCGAACAACUACGCUCCCAGCAACCUUCAUUAAAUUCCCACGAAAUCUGGGAACAUCUAGCCAAAAAUUCGGACAGGCAGAAACCACUGGAAGAAAUUACGGUGGAAACUUGUCUGGUAGCGUAUUUCGAUUACCCUGAAGAAGAGACUGUCAAAAUAAAGGCCAGGAAAGCCGAAUCUGAAUAUUUAGAGGGCGAGAAUAAAGUUCUCAUGGAAUUACUUAAGACUAAAUCCACUAGCACCAAACCUAUACUGCCGGUUACAAAAAAUACACAGUCUGAGUCCGAAGAUAUACAGUCUGACUCCAACGAUACACAGUCUGAAUCAGAAGAUAUACAGUCUGAAUCUAAAGAGAUACACCCCGGUGCUGAAGAUACAGAAUUGGGUUCCAGACCUACACCGUUGGAGAUCGAACGGUUUGUUACAACACGCGGAAAUAUGGUUCUCCAACUACUUAAAGAUAUGAAUCCUGGACGAACAUAUGAGACUUUAAACCACAAAUUAUUGUUUCGACGCAUUGCCGAGCUACGCUCAGGGAAUCCUAAAUUAACCCCUCGUCAAAUUUGGCGACGUCUUAAAGAGGAGCUGGAUAGUCAGAAUUCAUUGGAAGAAGUCGUUGUAGAGGCUUGGAUGGUAGUGGGGUUUGAUUAUCCUUUAGAGAAAACAGUUCAAAUGAAGGCUCAUGAGAGCCAGGUGCGGCAGAGCGAAAGAGAUCGAGUGGAAAAGGAACUAGCUGCUUCUGCAUUUAUUAAAAAGUGGUACGAGUAUCUCGUGUCCAAUCCUAACUUUCAAAAAAGAGUCGAGGAUUUAGAAAGAGGGGUUCUUGGAGAGAUCCAUGACCUGUGGUCUCAAAACCCUGAUUCAAGCUCUCGUUGGAUCUGGGGAGAGCUGAAUAGAAACCCAAAUGGACUGAUGCCAUUGAAAGAAAUAGUUGUGGAGGCUUGUUUGGUAGCAAAUGGGUAUCCUUUGGCAGAGACUAUCCAGUUGAAGAAUGAAGAAAACCGGUGGUGGAAGGAAACCGAAAUUCUACGAUAUGAUACCCAAGAUAGCACUUUUCUAGCCUCGAAAUUAGGUGAAGGAAUGGAGUCUAUAGUGCUAAUCAACAACAAGCUGAACCUUAGAAAGGUUGUUCAAGACAUCAAAGAGCUACGACAUAGUCAACCUACAUUAAGUCCUCGUCAGAUCUGGGUCGAUCUCGACAAACCAAACUAUUGGCCGGCACCAUUGCUAGAAAUCGCGGUGGAAGCUUGCUUGAUCAAAUUUUUUGGCGUUCGUCCUGAAGAUACCACACAACUUGAAACGUUAGAUUAUGACGAAGUGCCUGGGAAGAGGUUCCUCGAUAGGAUCCUGGAUUAUUGUUUUGGCUCGCAUAAGCUCGGAAACCUUAGCUGUGCAUGCUGUGGCUCUGCAAAAAUCGUAGAGAAGUGUGAAAUCGAACAUUUUCGAAAGAAUGGAAGAGUGAAGGUGGACCCUAAGAACACUCGAGCAGUUGGCUUAUUAAGGAUUAUGCUCGAUACAAAACAUACUAUCAAGAGCUUCUUACCAAUAAACACACCCACCGCGUUGGCUCUGAUGCCAUAUCGCGAGAUGAACGCUAGUCAACGAGUUUACGCCCUUUUUUAUGCAGAGUGGGAUGCAUGGAUGGGACCAUCACGCCCAAUCCAUCCUCCAAUUGAUUAUGUCGCAGGUGCUGAGAGAACUGCUAUUCUUGAUUCGGAAGACUAUCUUGAUUGUGUAGAUGAACUUCCAACAUGGACUCCAGAAAACAUUGAGAGUUUUGAGGUACAUGUACAAUGCGCAUUAACAACUCCAUGUUGGGGAUACCGCGGUUCACUUGAAUGGCUGAUGUACGUUUUAAAACGAACACGAGACCCAGAAACCAUCAAAAUGGUUAAUAGUGUUGUCGCCGGAUUCUACGGCCUGAAAAUGUAUCAUAUGGGAGGUGGCUUUAUCGAAUUUCACAACUGGCAUAAUGAUUGGUUCCAUUCCUUUCGAGUUUCCCAUGGAAUCGUUGCAUUUGUGAGAGAGAAAGAGAAUUCUCCAGAGGUCAUGUGGGCGGAGAGAGAUGAAGAGGGGAAGUAUACAUCACAUUAUGGGGCCUGUCUAUUUCCAGUAGGAGUAUCGACACCGGUGCUCAAAGCAAGGGAUCCAGCAGGAUCGCCCCUUUGGGACUUUGGAACGUUUGAUCAUGGACAUUAUGCAUCCAAGGAUUAA